GUCCAAAUUCGGGACGUCGCCCCUCUUCCACACUGUCAGUCCCUCCCACUCCCCCAAAGCAGCUGGCGGCAAGCCUUCCCGGCGGCCACCGCCCACCGGCAAGCCCCUUCUCCGGCGCGACCGCUGCUUAUUGUAGCACCGAGCGCGCUCCCCAUCGCGCACUACCUGAAUCAACCAGUCACCCGAUCUCACUGCAGCCUGUUCAGCCGUCCUGGAUUCCCCUCCCCCUAGCUGGUGACUGAUAUAACUAACUUUGAUGACAACAAUCGCGUUACCUGAUGACCUGGUGGUGGAUAUCCUAUCUCGGCUGCCGUUGAAGUCCUUUUGCCGCUUCAAAUGUGUCUGCAAGUCUUGGCUUGCUUUCUCAUCUGAUCCACACUACCGCAAGAAGCUCCCAAGAUCUCCCUCUGGUCUCUUGUGGCAAAAACCUGAGCAUGGUACUGCCAUCGGUUUCGCUAGACUUCCCUCGGGUGACAGGGAUAUUGACACAACACUUUGCUUUGUGCCAUCUUAUGCACACCCUUUAAAGCUUAAUCAUUGCAGCAAUGGCCUACUUGUUUGUCAUAGUGGGGAUUCCAACGCCAUUGUGUGCAAUCCGGCAACUGAAGAGUGGAUGUCACUUCCAUGUACUCAGCCUGGAUCAUCUGGCUCCCAUAGUUAUCUCAGGUUGGGUUUUGAUCCACUAUGGUCCCAACACUUUUAUGUGUUCAACUUUCAGUGGUACCUAUUCCCAGAUGGUGUAUACAGAUAUGAAGUUAAGGUAUUUUACUCCGAGGAUUCCACAUGGUCUAGUUGUCUUUGGGAAACUAGUGAUGCACUUUUGGGUGUUUCACUCUUUCUAAGCGGAGUCUUGUAUGUGAAGAGCUCAUUGGCGCAUGAACUUCUAGCGCUGGAUGCAACUGACACAUGCUCACAGUUGCCCAAUGCUAGGACUAUUCAGCUGCCCGGAUUUCCAAACGGACUAGCAGGUUUUUCUUUUGAGAAUGGCUGUAUUUCCCUGUCAUGUGGGGUCUUGUGCUAUGCACAACAAGAAUUGGAUGGCUGUAUGAUGCGAAUCUGGAGUUUGGAAGGCUCUGGGAGGUGGGUGGUGAAGCAUCGUCUAAGCAUGAACGAUGUAUUUGGCAGGGAUUUGUUGCUCCGUAACACUAACACUGCAGAAACGUGGUUUUUCGAUUAUUACAUCCUAGCUAUUGACUUGGAGAGGGAGCUAGUUAUCGUUGCUGACCGAAUCGCUCAUAUGGUCUUCUCAUUUAGCAUUAGUACUGGAAAAUUGUCGGGGAUUUGGAUUGACAGUGAACCAUGGCUAAUUUACUACUACUACGUGCCAUACUACAACAAGUUUCCAGCUUCAGUGCUUCAAAGGGCUCAAGUUUCCACAAUCGCAUUACCUGAUGACCUGGUGGUGGAGAUACUGUCUCGGCUGCCGUUGAAGUCCUUUUGCCGUUUCAAAUGUGUCUGCAAGUCUUGGCUGGCCUUCUCAUCUGAUGCACACUACCGCCAGAAGCUCCCAAGAACCCCCACUGGUUUCUUGUACCAAAAACGUGAGCUUGACACCAGCAUACAUCUCGCCAGACUUCCCUCAAGUGACAGGGACAUUGACACAACACUGAGCUUUCUGCCUUGUGAUGGGUACCCCUUGGAGCUUAAUGGCUGCAGCAAUGGACUACUUCUUUCUUAUAGUCGAGGUAGUACAGAUGCAGAAAUUUCCAACGCCAUUGUGUGCAAUCCGGCAACUGAAGAGUGGAUGGAACUUCCAUAUACUCAACCUGGACCAACCGUCACCUUUAGUUACCUCAUGCUGUGUUUUGAUCCACUAUGGUCCCAGCACUUUUAUGUGUUCAAUUUUCAGGAGAGCUAUUUCUCAGCAGUUGAACACAAAACUGAAGUGAAGGUAUUUUUCUCCGAGAAUUCCACAUGGUCUACUUGUCUUUGGGAAUCUGAUGAUCCAUGUUGGUCUGAUGCACUCUUCGUAAAUGGAGUGUUGUAUGUGGAGAACACAUUGUUGCAUGAUAUUUUGGCGCUCGAUGCACCGGACACAUGCACACAAUUGCUCAAUGAAAGGACCAUUCAGCUGCCAGGAUUUGCAAGCGGGCCAAGCCAGGGGUUUGGUUGUUGGAAUGGACGUCUUUGCCAGUCAUGUGGGGUCUUAUGUUUUGCACAACAAGAAUUGGAUGGUUGUAUGAUGCGAAUCUGGAGUUUGGAAGGCUCUGACGGGUGGGUGGUGAAGCAUCGUCUAAAUAUUAACAAUGUACUUGGGAGGGACAUAAUCCUUCGUACUUGUACGUACGGAUCGUGGUAUUUUGAGUAUGACAUCUUUGCUUUUGACUUGGAGAGGGAGCUUGUUAUUCUUGUUGACCGAAUCGCUGAUAAUGUCCUCCUAGAUAAUCCCCGCAACGGAAAAGUCAUCCCAUUUAGCAUCAGUACUGGAAAACUUUUGGAGAUUUGGAAUGCCAGCGAACCAGGCUGGGGUUACUACUACGUGCCAUACUACCACAAGUUUCUAGCUUCAGUACUUCGAAGGGCAUAAGAUGAAUGUUAGAUUGUAUGUGUUACCAAAUGAAUGAUGUAAUCUGUAAGCAUCUUUUGGGCACUAGUUCUACCAAAACAGCUGUUAUGUAUGCACUGGAUUAAUGGUUUGUCUAUAUGUUGUGUUCAUCUAACUGCAAUGGAGCCGAUGAAGUUCUUCUGUUUUGUACAAAAAUGUUGGAGGAGGAAAAUAAAAACUGGAUGGGGAUUAUCAGGCUGAUAAAUAUGCAUCUACCAUCUCAUGGAGUUUCAAAUCCGCAUGAAACAACGACUAUGAUAAGCUGAAUUUAGUCAUUUGGUGUUCUGGCUAGGGACAUCAAUUAUGAUGAAACUAAUUUAUCUUGCUUUGCUGCAAAACUCAGAAGUAAAUUUCUCUGUCUUGUUUAUAUGAUAAACAUCCUGGAGUAACAUUUGGUACAAGGACAUGUGAAACAGUGUGUUCCUUUCUUGUGUGUUUUCUGUCUAGCGGCUGGUAACUCUUGUAAACUUGUCGCGCUUCAGUUUCCGUUGUUUCUUGGUUGUUGGGCAGUGGCAUGUUCUCUUCUUACUCCCCCGUCCAUAAAUGGAUAGUGUCUACGUUUAUCUAAAUUUUUAACAGAUCUAAUAGAUCUAUUGAUGAAUAUGGGUAGUACUAGAAUAGAUUUGGAUGCGUGGAUAAUUUACUCUUCAUCCUGCUUAGCAGCACCGUUUUGUGACUUUGUGAUCAUCCUGAAAUAGCUACUCAACUGCACCUGGAAACUCAUGUACUAAGAACUUAGGCUUUAGUAUUUUUCAGCAAUGUAGCCGACGCCAUGCCCUGGUCUGUACAAAAUAAAGGGAAAUAGAAAUAAAAGGUGGAUAAUCAGAUUGAUCGGUAAUUUGUCGGAGAUUCAAAGCCAGACAGGAAACACCAAUCAUAAUCACCGAAGUAUCAAUCCCCUUUUUUCAUAAAAAUACUAUAAGGUAAACAACGGUUAUUACCGUGCGUGCUGGCCCAACAACGGUCCACCCAUUUCUACCCCCAACAGCGACUGCCCACUCUCACCACGCACACAGCAGACGCUAGUGCUCGCUCCCAUCCAGCCGUGGCGGCGUAGCGGCGGCGAUCCUGCACUGCGGAUCCAGAUAAUUUCAGAUGCUAGGUUGGCUCAAACGAGAUAGAAAACCCCAGCAGGGGAUGUCCACAUCUGUACUACCUGAUGAGCUGGUGGUGGACAUCCUGUCUCGACUGCCACUGAAGUCGGUUUGCCGCUUCAAAUGUGUUUGCAAGUCUUGGCUUGCCUUCUCCUCUCAUCCGUACUACCGCCAGAAGCUCCCACGAACUCCUGCCGGCCUCUUGUACCGACAACGUGAGCCCGUCAGACUUCCCUGGUCUCUUGGCACUUCCAUCCAUCUCGCCAGUCUUCCUGGAAAGGGCAGUGAAAUUGACACGAGACUUAACUUUGUGCCACUACGUUAUAAGAACUCAAACCUUGAAGAUUGCAGCAAUGGCCUACUUCUUUGUUAUCAGGGAGGAGGUUAUAAGCGUGAAGAAAUUUCCAAUGCCAUUGUGUGCAAUCCAGCAACUCAAGAGUGGAUGGCACUUCCAAAUACUGAACCUGGACCUCCUAUUUGCAGUACUGAUCUCAGGUUGUGCUUCGAUCCAUUAUGGUCUCAGCACUUCUAUGUCUUCAAAUUCCAGUCGAUCCCGCACUUGACCCCCCAUAUUGGGACCACGACUGAAGUUGAGGUAUUUUUCUCCGAAGACUCCUCGUGGUCUGAUUGUCUUUGGGAAACUGAGCAUGCAUUUGUUGGUGAUGCACUCUUCGUAAAUGGUGUGUUAUAUGUGAAGCACUUAUGGCUCCGUGAAAUUCUAGCGCUCGACGCACCUGACACAAGUGCACAAGGGCUCAAUAGUAGGAUCGUUCAGCUGCCAGGGUUUGCAAAUGACAUGUUUAACUGUUGUGAUGGGUGCCUUUGCCAAGCAUCAAGUGUCUUAUGCUAUGCGAAACAAGAAAUGGAUGGCUGUGUAGUGAGAAUUUGGAGUUUGGAAGGCUCUGACAAGUGGGUAGUGAAGCAUCGUGUAAGGAUGGCUGAUGUAUUCGGGAGGGACAAUUUGCUCAGCAUCGAUACUGAAGGAUAUUGGCAUUUCGAUUAUGACAUCCUUGCUUUUGACAUGGAGAGAGAGCUAGUCAUCCUCGAAUACAAGAAAGCUGAUAAGAUCAUCUCAGUUAGCAUCAGUACUGGAAAACGCUCGCGGUUUGUAAAGAUUCCUAAAAAGUUCACUCAACUGUACCGCAGUCUAUUCUAUGUGCCAUACUAUGGUGAGGUUCCAGCUUUGGUGCGCUAGAUGGCUCAGGUGCUAUUAGUGUUCUACUUUGUAAGCACCUUUUGUGCAUUAGCUGCAUGAAUCAGACGUUACGUAAUGUACUAGAUUGUAGGCUUUGUGUGCCAUUUUCCGAAUGGUGUAGUAUGCCUUAUUGGCCUGUCGACUCUGAUCCAACUCAUGCUCGCUUAAUAUGGAAAACUUCAGCUUAAGUA